AUGUGGUGGCGAUCGACGGUGCGGUUCGUCGGCCUUGGGGCGCGGCCCAUGUCCUCGACACCGCGAUGGUGUGCCGAGGCACGGCGCGAUGUCCGCGCGCGAUCUGUGCCGAGUGCAAAGAACUGGUAUCGGCCACAGGUGAGGCAUGCUCCGCCGAAAAAGGAGGCGCGCCCCCAAGGCGGCAGCGCUCCACCUACUCAGAGGAAGGUAUCCCCACCGAAGCAGGUGACGCCGCUCGUAUCCCUUCCAACCAUUGUGUCAGUGCAUGACCUUGCGCGCAUUUUGCGAGUGCAUAUGCGAAAGCUCCAGUUUCGGAUGGAGCAGAUUGGAUUUGACGACACACGCCCAGACCGGCUCUUGAAACUCGAGGACGCCGAGCUCAUUGCCGCCGAGUACAAUAUCAUGGUCGCUACGAAGCAAGACUCGGAACUCGAUAUAUACCCCCGCCCAGCGCCGACGCCGGAGGAGCGCGCCACGCUUCCGCUGCGGCCACCGGUCGUGACGAUCAUGGGCCAUGUCGAUCACGGUAAGACGACGCUGCUGGAUACGCUGCGUUCGACGUCUGUGGCUGCCGGUGAGGCCGGUGGGAUUACGCAGCACAUUGGUGCGUUUAGUGUACCCGUCAAGCGCCCAGAAGGCGCGAUAUCCAGUGUCACAUUCCUGGACACGCCGGGUCAUGCGGCGUUUUCGACGAUGCGCAGUCGCGGCUCAUCCGUCACGGACAUUGUCGUGAUGGUCGUAGCGGCUGAUGACAGUGUCAUGCCGCAGACACGCGAAGUUAUUUCGCUCGUGCGCGGCGAUGAUCGGCACGUCCCUCUUGUCGUCGCGAUCACGAAAAUGGACGCGCCGAAGGCCGAUCCACAACGCGUGCGCUACGACUUGUGUGCCGAGGGUAUUGACGUCGAAGACUUGGGCGGCGAUGUGCCGUGUGUCGAGGUCAGUGCCAAGCAGGGCAUCGGCCUGGAUGCGCUCGACGAGACGCUGGCGGUCAUGGCCGAAAUGGCCGAGCUACGCGCCGAGACGAGCGGUAUGGCUGAAGGACGCAUUCUCGAGAGCCGCGUGGAAAAGGGCCGCGGCAACGUUGCCACGGUGUUGGUCCAGCGUGGCUCGCUCGCGUUGGGUGACGUGAUUGUCUGCGGCACGACAUGGGCCAAGGUGAAGCAGCUCAUGCAGCCGGAUGGGCGCGCGACAAAGCAGGUCCUGCCAGGCUAUGCGGCGCAAGUCGCGGGGUGGCGUGAGUUGCCGAAGGCGGGCGACCAGUUUAUCGGCGCGCCAGACGAGGCACGAGGCAAACGAGCCGUCGAGUACCGUCAGCGCAUCGUGAAAGAGCAGGCGUUGUUACUGGAUGCCGAGCAGAUUGACGAGGGGCGGCGCCGUAAAGCCGAGGCUGACGCACAGCGUGAGCGUGCCGAGCAGCUGACGCGUCGCGAAAUGCAGCGCCUCCAGCGUGCUGAGGAGGAAGGUACGAUGCAUGCGGAGGCCGUAGCGCAGGCCGUGCGAGCGCAGAACGUGACGGAACAAGAAGCGUCCGAGACGCGCGCUAUUCUACCGCUGAUUCUGAAGGCGGAUGUGUCUGGCACAGCGGAGGCGCUGGCUCAUACGCUCGCGCCCAUAGGCAAUGCGCGGGCGGGUGUCAAGAUCGUGUCGCAAGGCGUGGGUGACCUGACAGAGAGUGAUGUGAACGUGGCGCACGCGGUCGGUGCACACGUGAUUGGGUUCCAUGUCAAGGCAUCCAAGGCGAUUCAGACGCUCGCCGCGCGCAUGCAGCCGCCUGUGGCGGUGCACUGCGACGAUGUCAUCUACCGCCUCAUGGACCACGUCACCGAUCAAGUGGCGCGGCUGUUGCCUCCACGUGACGAAAUGCGCGUGGUCGGCGAGGCGCAGGUGGCUCAGCUCUUCCACAUCAAGCAGGGCUCGCGCCGCCCGCCCAAGUGCGUGGCGGGGUGCCGCGUGACGAAUGGUGUGAUCAGUCGUGCCAGCGAGGUGCGUGUCCUGCGUGGCGAUGACCGCCACGAGGUGUUCCGCGGCAAGCUCGAUACGCUGCGCCAAGUGAAGAAGGAUGUGGCUGAGAUGCGCAAGGGCACCGAGUGCGGCAUGUCGUUUGAUGGCUUCGAUGGCCUGCAGGUGGACGAUCAGAUCCAAUGCUUUACCAUGGUCCAAGUCCCUGCGAGCCUCCAUAGCUCCACGUCGUAG